UUUGAGACCUGGCGAUCGCUCGAUAGUAGCAAAAGCUGUAGUUCCAUAUCCAAUGUCAUCACCAUUCUUUUUCAGGCUUGCACUUUCUCGGUCACAUCUAUUUCGACGCUGGGAAAGGUGAUGUGGUUUUAUCAGCUCUUGCACGCGAACAUGAAUGCCACGGAUGAGCAUGGCAGGCCGGCGCCUACACUGUACAUGCUCAAUCCUGAUGCCACAAUGGAAGUAUUCGUUCGUUUUGGAAUCGAUCGAGACCCACUGAUUCAAGUCAGGAAAUUCCAAGGGGCCACAAAGUAUGACGAACAAGUUCAUGUGCCAUUCACAACACUGAAUUACGCAAGAUUAAAAGGAAGCACAUUGUGCAAGAAAAUGGACAACCUCUUCGCUGCUUUCAGAGAUAUUGACGAGUAA